AUGGCGACUUCCACGAAACUGUCGGUGACAUCUCGUGAUACCGCUUUAUGUAUCAUCCCCCCAAGGAGUCAGUGGUCCAAGGUCGACCAGUUGAGGUCCCACUACGACAAAGCAUACGGCAAAUGGCCUCCACACAUCAACCUCGUCUACCCCUUUGUCCAGCCCGAUGCCCUGCCCCGAGCGGUGGAGGCGGCACAGUCAGCAGUAACCCAGCAGGACCGGAAGCCAUUCAACGUGUGCCUCGACGCGGCCGGCGUCUUCGAGCAUAGACAUGACAACACUGUCUAUGUACACGAUAGUGACGAUAGCCACUUGAAGGAUCUGCGGGCGGCCGUCCUUGGAGCUUUGGGGCAGCACGAUGAUGGAGCAUAUCGCUCGCAUAUGACUAUAGGCCAGAGCGAAGAUAUGAAUGAGUCGUGGCACCAAUUCCUUCUUCAGAAGGCACGAUGGCUUCCCAAGGUCGAGUGGUCUGUAGACCGACUACAUGUUCUUGUCCGAGAAAGGUCACCAACUGGAGGCUCUGAGAUGAAGACCUGGGCAACCAUUUUCUUGGAAGACGGCAGCAUUGGCAGGUUUGAACCGCCGAAGCCAUUCUUCGACGAGCCGCCAUCAGCUGUAGAAAGUGAUGGAAUCCCAUACUCGUAUCUUGGGGACGGCUUGUGGGGUCAGUCCUCGCGGAGUGAUUAUUCGAUAUCUUCAUCCGCCGAAGUGUCGACCUUGACUGUGUCGACAUAUAACGUGCUCGCCGAAUUCGACUUCCCGCCUUCACAGUCACGCUAUCCAUUGAUUGUCAAGAACAUACUAUCAGACCGCGCAAGGUCCGAUGUGCUCGUUCUUGAAGAGGUUACGGACGACUUUCUGGUCUUCCUCCUUCAGGAGCCUGACAUUCAGGAAUUUUUCACUUUCUGCAGCUGGGGCCCACCAGAUCAGGAGGGCGUUCAGCCGCUUCCAAGCCACAACAAUAUCGUGGUGUUAAGCAAGCAUGCAUUUACUUGGGAGCACGUGCCGUUCCAUCGUGAGCACAAGGGCGCGGUUGUCGUCCAAUUUCAGACUCUCGGACAGUGGGACGAUGCAGACUUUCAGCCAUUGAUCCUGGCUGCUGUGCAUCUCACGCAUGGUCUGAAGGACGGCUCAAUUGCGGCCAAGAAGACAGAAAUCGAGACCAUUCUCAAGUUUUUGGACGACACCUACCCGGAAAACCCUACUAUCCUGACUGGAGACUUCAAUAUCACGACGUCUUCGUAUUCCAUCAGUCAGGCUCUUGAGAAGAAGGCUGUAUCUUCCCAGGCGAUCACACAUCUCCAGAAUUUCGACAAGACGAUUGCCCAGGCUGAGUUUAUUGAUGUCUGGACAGAGUCACAACUUGAAAAGGGCACGGCAUCUGACGAAGACCUCAACGCAGCCUUCGAGGGCGAACAAGGAGCCACAUACGACCCAACGACUAAUGCUCUAACAGCAGAAAUUGUGGGUAGUGGCUUCAACAUGCGACCUCAACGAUAUGACAGAAUUCUGGUGAAGGGAGAAGACUAUUUCAAAGUUUUAGAUUUCAACAAGUUCGGCUUCAUUACAGAGGAAAUUGGCAAGUUCGCCAGUGAUCACUGGGGUGUACGAGCGGUACUGAGACUCGGCCCCGAGGCGGAAAGCCCUCAACCACCUGGCGUUGCUGCAAAUGUUACGCCUGUUCAGCUGAAGGAAGCGAAGCAUUUGUCGGAACAUGGAGAGAGCUUCACGGAAUUGCUUCAGCAAGCGCAAGCCAUCCCCUCUAAGGAGGAAACCGAGAAUUACGCCGCAGCCUUCAAACUUUUGCGCGAGAUCAUCCUCGAGUCCUCAGCGCCGACGGCAUCCACAGACAACGGACGAUCAAGCACGCCUCUCGUUGUCGUACCCGUAGGGUCGUAUGGACUCGGCGUGUGGACGUCUUCUUCCGACAUCGACUGUCUCUGUGUAGGGCCGUUCAGCUCGUCGACAUUCUUCUCCCUGGCGGCUCAGCGGCUGCGGAAGGCUGCCGACAAAGGCGUGAAGGUGCUACGCCGUGUGAAGGCUCACACAGGCACGAUGCUCGAGCUGGAGGUCCAAGGUAUCAAGGUCGAUCUUCAGUAUGCUCCUGCUGGGGCAGUUGCAGAAAAGUGGCCGGAUUGCCUCAGGUUGCCUUCAUCAGAUCCCGCUUGGAUGUUAUCGGCACAGACUCUAAACAAGCUGAAGCCGAUUCGGGACCUUGACUACGUUCGCCGGUCGGUACCCGAUAUCAUCAAGUUCCGGUUGGCUCAUCGCUUUAUCAAGACUUGGGCAAAGAGCAGGGGCAUCUACGCGCUGAAAUAUGGUUAUCUCGGCGGAAUCUCCAUUAUCGUUCUUCUUGCACGGCUCCAAAAGCUCCUGGCUCACGAAAGCGCAAUUGUGUCGUUGUCCGACCUUUUAGUAACGUUCUUCAAUCAUUACGCCAGUUUCAACUGGCGAAAAGACCUCGCUUUUGAUCCCUUUUUCCACAAGCAGCUCAACUACAGGAGGACUGAUCGAGAACCCCUGGUCAUCUUAGGCUAUGCUCCACCAGCGCUGAAUACUUGUCUAGCCGCAUCCGUGCCAUCGGUUAGGACUAUCACUGAGGAAUUUCAGAGAGCGGACAAGUUGCUGUCAGAAGAAGACAUGACAUGGUCGAGACUGAUUGGGACCGACGGGUCGUCUGACUUCCUCAAGUCGUUCAAAAGCUACAUCAAGAUCAACAUCCAGUUCUGGGGCGGCUCCCUCACCAAGGGCAGAGGUCUCGUCGGCUGGCUCGAAUCCCGGUGCGUUUCACUGCUCGUCGACCUGCACAGGCGCCUGCCAGAUCUUCACGUCAGAUUCUGGCCCGCUCGAUUUGUCGAGGCCACGGAGGGGGCUUCGAUUGAAGACGACAAGGGCGACUAUGAGGGGUUCUACCUGAUUGGCCUCGACAAGCUUGACGGUAGCACAACCGACGACAAGACGAUGCAGGAAAAGCUGAUCGACGUGUUGAGGAAGUUCGAGGACCAGAUCCGUGGGGACCCCAAAUACUUUGACGAGCGGACCUCCUGGAUGGAAGCCAGCGUGAUCAGGCGCGCAGCUCUAAAGUCACUCGAGGUAGACGCCAGGGAAUGGGGCGAGUAUACCGUCGGUGAUGACGAGUCCGACGACGAUGAGGAAGAGGAGGAGGAUGAGGAGGCGCAAGGCUCUACUGUUUACGACGACUACCAAGCUGUCCACUCCGCGUCAAAGAAGGGGAAAACUACCAAUCAACCGCGCUCCGUCGUCGUCUCCAAGCCACAAGGGGCGGGCAAGUUCCGGACAGCAUCUGAUGUGCUGAACCGGCUUCGCUGGGACCCAUCUCUUGACAGCGGAGACUUCAUCGUCGGCUACGAGGACCGCUUCACCGGCGCGAUGGAGAAGGCGCUGGACACGUGGAAGUCGGAGCAGACGGACGAGGAGUUCAUCCCGCAGCACCGGAUCCUGUACUUCAAGCGCAAGAGCGACAGUACCGUCGUAUGGGAGAGGAGGACGAGGACCGACCUAUUGUUCGGUAGUGGUGGCGGAGGUAGGACAUCUUCAGCCUGA